AUGGUCUCCAAAAACCCAAUGAUGGGGCUGAUCUUCCUGUCACAGACUGCACUGGGAGUCCUGGGGAACUGCGCCUGCCUGGGCUACUUUAUUCUCACUACUAUCAUGGGGAGAAGGGCGAAGCCCACAGAUCUGAUUGUCAAGCACCUCACCUUGGCCAACUUUGUGGUUCUUCUCUUCAAAGGAAUCCCACAGACAAUGGCUUCUUUUGGUCUGAUUUAUUUUCUAGAUGAGGUUUCAUGUAUACUUGUCUUUUAUUUUUAUAGAGUGGCCAGAGGAGUAUCUCUCGGUUCCACAUCUGUCUUGAGUAUCUUUCAGGCCAUCAUGAUUAGUCCCCACAAUUCCAAGUGGGUACGGUUCAAGGUGAGAGACCCCAAGUUCAUUGGCUCUUCCUUGGGCCUGUGCUGGGCCCUGCAACUGUUUCUAAAUGCAUUGGUUCCCAUGACUGUGACAGACAUCUGGGGGACAAGAAAUAUGACUGUGCUCAGAGAUUUGGUAUAUUGUGCUCUCGUAGACCCCGAUAAUAUGCACCAACCAGUAUAUAUGUUCCUGCUGGUCUUCAUUGAUGUCAUGUGUGUGGGACUCGUGUUGUGGGCCAGUGGCUCCGUGGUGAUUAUACUAUGGAAGCAUAAACAGAGAGUCCAACACCUUCACACAUCACUGUCUCCUUGGUCACUGCCAGAGUUCAGAGCCACCAAGAGCAUCCUUGCCCUAGUUAUCAUCUUCCUGCUGUUAUACACGGCCUCUUCCAUUUUGACUGCAUGUUUUCAUUUCUUUGAUGUCACCUCUGUCUGGAUGCUUAAUGCCAAAGUAGCAAUGUCUGCAUGUUACCCAGCCUUCUACCCCUUUCUGCUCCUCAGCCACUACAGCACUGCUUCUCAGCUCUGCUGCACUUGUGCAUAUCAGACUGCACUGGGACCGCAUAUAGUCAGAUAG